UUCAAGGUGUUGUUUACAAACUAGCAAGGUCAUAUCUCAUUUGACAAGAAUUUGACAUGUUUUUUUGGAAAAUACAUUGAUGCGUUCAAUUUAAUGAAAAAUCGCCUAAAAUCAAAUCUAACUUUAUCAUUGGGAAAUUUGAGGGAACUAUUAACUAAUUCAGAUAUGCAGUCUACAGUCACUGGAUUAUUUUUACCAGUAUUGUUCCCUAAUAAAAUUACUAAUUUUCUGUAAAAAUUUGAGUGAUUGUAGAUCUUUCCUCCGUAAUGUGUCUUAAUUUUGAUAAUCUAUGCCAUCUAUGCCAGUCAUAGAUUAUACACUAUAUGAAUAUAUUAUCUAUGAUGUCAGUGUAAUAGCCAACCCAACAAGCCUUAAUGUCAAUUUUUUUUCGACCUCGUUCGGUAUCGUGUAGGUACAUAACUUGAGUGAAUGUGUCUUAAUAUUUUUAUUUUUUCAUUAAACCUGUGAUGUGGCUUAAUGUACUGUGUUGUUAAAUUUUAAAAUUUUAGGAUGUGUAUAUUGUUUUCGCGGUAUCCUAUUGUCAAGUGCGGUUAGUGCAUUAGUGUCAUUGAAAGUUCAAGAUGCGUAUCGGUUUCAUUUUGUAUUGGUGCGUAUUUAUUCUUCAUCUGUGUAAAGCUGACGAUGCCGAGAGGACAGAAAAAGAUGGUGGAAGGCGGGAGAAGUGGGGUCCAGUGGUCCGAAGUGGUUCUUUCGUAACAGAUCCAGCUUUUACAGCCUCAAAUGAUCAGAUAUUACUGGAGGCGUGUCAGAAUGAUGCGUCGUGCCUACAAGACCAUGCCGGAUUGGAGGCCAUCACACUUUUGCACCGGCAGCUCGAUGAUGACGCCAACGGAAACGUGGACUUGAGCGAGAGCGAUGAUUUCCUCCGCGAAGAGUUGCAGUACGACAGCGGCUACGAGAAGCGACAGAGGGCGUUCCACCACAAUGACGAUAUGCACAUAUCUGUCAAGGAACUAUGGGAGGCGUGGCUUAGAUCGGAGGUUCACAAUUGGACGGUGGAGCAAACGGUCGAAUGGUUAUCAGAAUCCGUGGAUCUUCCGCAGUACACAACAUUAUUUUUACAGCACAAAGUCACUGGCGCUACGUUACCAAGACUCGCCGUAAACAACAUGCAGUAUCUGAGCAAUGUGCUCGGCAUCAAAGAUCCCAUACACAAACAGAAGCUGGCGCUUAAAGCUAUGGACGUUGUGCUUUUUGGACCACCCAAAGGUAGCAGAUGGAAGGACUGGCUCCUCGCUUCGUUGCUGCUCGGCGCUGUUGUGGGGGGUUGGGCCGCGUUGCGCGCGGGACGUGCGAGCAGGACACAAGUGCAACGGAUGCUGCGCGACAUGGAACAAUUACGGAGAGCCGAGAUGGCAUUGGACGAGAUGCAGAAGGAACUCGAGAAGGCACGACUAGAACAGGAAAGUGCAACAACAGAGAAGAAAAAUCUAGAAAAGAAACUUAAAGAGACAAGUGACACGCCAGUCCUGAACACGACCACGUCGGAUCUCGAAGUGUCUAAACUCAAAGCCGAAGUCGAGAUGUUGCGAGCUGAACUCCGUAGGGCGGAGGGUGAGCUCGAGGACCGGUGCUGGGCCCCUCCUCCCGGGCUCCAGCAGUGGCUCCAGCUGACGCACGAGGUCGAGAACAGAUCCUACCUCAGGAAGAAGCAGCAGGCCGACCUACAGCUGCAACAGGCUAGGGACGCGUGCGAAAAAUUACGCAAGAAGCGUUCUAGUUUGGUCGGCGCCUUCGUGUCGACGCACGGCAAGUCCAUAGACGACGUGGAUCGGUCCAUUGUGGAAGCGCGCACUGCACUCAACGAGGUCACUCAAGAGCUACAGGAACGCAUGCACCGAUGGAAGCAGAUCGAACGCCUGUGCGGGUUCAACAUCAUCAACAACAACGGGCUGCAGUACCUGGAGACCACGCUGUACAGGAACAUGAACGGUCGACCGACGGGAAGACCCCGCAUGAGCAGUUCCCAGGACGACCUGAGCGUCGGCGACGACACAUCCCUGUGCGGCUCAGUGGUGGAUAACUUUGGAUGGCGCGAGGACUCAUCGGGAAGCGAAGAGCACGAUUCUCCACACUAUCCUCUAGAUUUAAGACUCGCCGAGGCUAGGUUACAAUUGGAAGAGCGUCUCGCUCAAGAAGCCCGCGAGAGACGUCAGGACGAGCGACGUUUAGAGGACAAGAAACUGUCGAGCGAGGAACUGCGCAUGCGGAACUCGCACAACGACGUUCGCAAGAGUCCCGUUGACGACAGACGCAAGGACCAAGUUCAGUUCGUGCUGGGAGGAGACAAUGUGAACUGGACGGGAGAGGAUCUGACCCGCGCCGUGCACUCGCAGCCGCAGCUCCGCGCCUCCAUGCGGGGCGCCCCGCUGCCUCCCCCGCGGAGACCCUUCUCCACCGGCCAGAUCGUGCGCUCGCGGAGCACUGACGUCGUGCCCAACAACCUAGAGGACCCCAGAGUCCCCUCCAGAAACCCCUUCACGAGACAGAGACCUUUAACUGAAGAUGCGGCAACCCCUUCCAGCGUUACUCCUCCGGAAGAAGAAUCGACGGACUCCUCCCUGAUGGACGACGAAGGUGUACCGAAGCCGAGAAAACGUCGGAUCCAUUUGCCGUUUGGGAAGAAGACAAAGACGCCUGCGUGACUACCGCCUCAACGUACACUGCGCUGUCCGUACUGUGUCACUGACCUCGCGCACUACAGACUGUUAGGAACAUACUGAGGUAACAGCACGCGGCAAAUGUCGAACUCUCACUACGAACUUUACGAGCGCAUUCAAUAAUGGUGCGAGCCGACAUUUCGUAUUCGCUCAUAUUUAUAACCUUAGUAAAAUUGAAAAUCGAUUUAGUAACGUCUUUAUUCAGAAUUCUGACUGUAAAUGUCUGCCGGUACAAAAAAUAGUUCAAUAAUAAAUGAAAUGUAUGCAUAAGAAAGAACCUAUCAUUAAGAGUUCAACUAAAAAUUACACAAAUAUGUGUCUGUAAUAAUAAAAUAAAAAUCGGAAAAAUGGUUUUGUAAUUAAUUUAUAUCUAAAAGUAAGUACUUAAUUCGGGUAUUAUUAUUAAAAAUUAUCUAACUACCUUUGUCGAUAAUGUAUGACGUAUAAAUUGAAGAUUUUUUAUGCGUCUUAUCCACCUUAAUCAAUUAUGUGUUGUGUAGAAGUUUGUUAGAAGUUAAAAUGUAACAGCGGUACAAAAUUAUUUGUGUUGUGUGAGUGAAUCGAAAUUACUAAAGGUUUUAUAUACAAGAACACACAAAUAAACCGGCCUAAUAUAAAUCAGCAGAGCGAACUAUCGACUGAGCCCUCGUUAGUUUAAUAUCAUUAUAUUUUUUUUCAUUAUUUGCGUAUAAUGUUUUUGCACCCUUAUUUUUUCUCUCUAUGAUCACGGUGAUCAAGGUAAGAGAGAUAAUUUUGUUUUUUGUGAAGAAUCCUGCUUGUAUAUAUCUGUAUAUGUAUAUUAGUACUAAAUAUUAAGUACUUAUUAUGUUUUGAUUCAAUAAAUUUAACACUUGACAUCUGUACAUACUGUUCGAUAGAUCAGGUCGAGUUUCGAGAUGUGUUUAUUUUAUUGUGCUAAAUACGGCUCAUCUUAAAUCGGCUAGUUAAAUUUUACUAACCGCUUUGGACAUAAUUUAAUCACAAUAUCACUUAUAUCGCAUCAUUCCCUUUUGUUUGUUUUUUUUUUCUUUUAGUUUGAUAGCGAUUUUGUUCACUCGUAGGUAUUAUUUUCUUAUUUGCGAGGCACGUUUUUAUAUGUAUGAUAAUUGUGUCGGAGGCCGUAAUUUGAAUUGUAAUUGGACGGAUUAGCGUCUCGAUUUGAUUAUUCAGUUCUCGUGCAACUAUGCGGGGCAGAUUACAUGGGACGGACACUAGAUGGCGUUGUUCGGUUUCUGACUACCCGCGUCCUAGGCCAUAGAUAAUACACAUAAAUAUAGUGAUAGAUAAGCAAUUCAAGCACUCAACAAAAAUGUUUACGGGCGUCGGCCACUAGAUGGCUUCGCUUCGAUCAGUUUCUUAUUGCUCGUGUAGAUGGCAGUAACAUAUUACCUAUACUAUAUUUUAUUUUUAAUGUAGGAUUUUGUAAAUUUUCAGAAACCACAAAUUGAUAAAAAUUUAAUCAAUUUCCCUAUAACAAAUAAUGACUUAUAUGAUUUAUAAAUGCCUUAACUUUAACAACAUAUAAGUUUAGGGGCAUCCGCUACAAGACGUCGCUAAUUUCCAUACAAAAAAAUUUUUGUCCUAAAGUAUUGCAGUUUCAAGGCCCUGCCCUAGGCUAGCAUGACUGAGAUGUCGAAAUAUAGAAUAGCGUUGUAACGUGAAGAAUUUAGGUUAUAAACAAUUUUUUCACGUAAUAUUUGUGUAGCAGAUCGUAUCGUAUAAUUUAAUAGGAAAAUAAAACAUGGUGCUAAUUAUUUAGACAAAAACUGGCUGGUCAGCAGUCGCGGCUCAAAUUUUUGUAUCAAUAUUUACAAUUUGCUGUUCUCUUUUUUUUUGUAGUUUAUUUAUAUGUGUCUUGUGAGAUAACCGGAGCCAGUAAAAGGUUAUCGUUUAGAAAAAAUCUCCAAUUUGCCUAUUUCUAUACGAUAGAUUUUUCAACUAAUAGUUUUGUGAAAUAGUUAAAACGAACUGAAUGAAUGACUAAAUAAAUAUACAAAGUGUUUAUACUACUUAUAUUAAGAUAUGAUUUUGUAUGAAUUAUGAAAAAUGUUGCGUACUUAUUUUUCUUAAUUCUGGAAACCAACUCUUGGUUCAUUUGACUUUAAUAGUAGACCAGAUCGUAGAGUCCACAAUGCGUACGCGCUCAACUUUGUACAACGGAGCCGAAGUCUCUACAUUAUUGUAAUGACUACAACAAAACAACUUGUAGUAUUUAUAUAUUUUAUUAGUACUGAUUGAAAAAAAACCUUUGAUUUAUAUCAGUCUUCCUAUUUCGUACUUAGCAAAUAGUAUGCUGUGAAAAUAUUUAUCGUAUUUAAAAAUAGAACACUUGAAAUGUGAAAAUAGUUUUUCAUAACUUGUGUAAUAAAUGAAAUGAUCAUCCCAGUACUUUGUACCGUUUCGUACUCAAGUAAAAAGUAGGUAAUUGGUUUUUUUUUAGUACAAAAUCUUUAGAUUUACUGCACUGCACUAUUUUAAGGGGCGUAAACGUUCAAAAUUGAAUGGGAAUCAUUAUUUUAAAUACGAACACUUAUAGAGUGUUUGAACAGAUCUACUUUGUAGCACGAUAAUUCGUUGGCGAGGAAGUUCAAUGUUUGUAAGCUAUUUAUGAAAACGAGGUUUCUGUGACUUUGGUCACAAUUGUUGACCUAAUAAUAUGUAUGUAGUUUUUGCUAAUGCAUUGAGACAUGCUGGAUAAUAUAAAACGUAUUAUAAUAACAAAUCAUAUUUUUAAUUAUUUUAAAACAAUGAAUGAAAUACUAUACCUAUGGUUAACAUCGGUAAGUUAUUUACAGCAAAUAAGUUUUCGUCGUGUCAUAAAGUAGAUCAUUAUUAAUUUUAUUUCAUUUUGGAUCUGAUUGUUUUAAUAAAAAGACAAAUCGUGAUAGACAUUGUUAAUGAUUGAAAACAAAUAAAAAUUUUGAAAAUA